UUCUAGACAGAGGAUGACACCCUUGGGAAAAAAUUCCAACAUCUUUGUUUAUAGCUGUUUUACAGUGCAGAGAUUAUACAAAUGUCUUCUUCAGAAAGAUAUACAUUUAAUUGACUUUAACCGGGUAUGUGCAACACUCUGCUAAACUAUUUUGUUAUGAGUACUGGAUUUUCUGUCUUUGGGGUGAUCAUCAGCAGUGACUAAAUGGAUUAUCAAGAUCUUCUCAACGACACCGAAGUGGAUCUCUGUUAUGAGACUUUAAAUGGAUCCUGUAAGAAGUACGUGCGCCCCUCUGCCGUCUACAUUCCAAUGUUUAUCACCAUGAUGUUGACUACCUUCAUGACUGUCAUGGGAAAUCUGCUGGUCAUCAUUUCCAUAGGACACUUUAAGCAGCUCCAGACGCCAACAAACCAGCUCAUCCUGUCUCUAGCCGUGUGCGACUUUCUGCUCGGGCUGUUUGUCAUGCCGUUGAGCGCCGUCCGGUCUACGCAGGGUUGUUGGUAUUUUGGUGACAUCAUGUGUAAGAUACACACCUGCUUUGACAUCACUCUCAGCACAACUUCCAUUUUCCACCUAGUGUGCGUGUCUGCAGAGCGUUACUGCGCCGUGUGCAGCCCGUUGACGUAUCGUAACCGUGUCAGGUUUUCAUCUGUACUCUUUAUGAUAGCCGUCAGCUGGCUGGUUCCUGUCAUAUUUGCGACCACGAUGGUCUUCGGCGAGCUCAACCUCCAGGGCAGCAGGGGCUUCUACGAAACUCACGUGGAGUGCACGGGAGGGUGCCACGUUUUCUUUGGCCAUGGUUCAGCUGUGUUCUCCUCUAUGGUUUCUUUCUACAUUCCUGGCCUGAUCCUAAUUGGGAUAUAUUAUAGAAUCUACACGGUUGCUUUAUACCAGGCAAGAUCCAUUAGUCUACUAUUAAGUCAGAUAAAGAGAGAUUAUCCGUUGGGUGAACCACGACUUCGAAUGCAAAAGGCUACGAUAACCACCACUAUCGUGGUUGGAGUUUUCCUUUUUUGCUGGACUCCAUUUUUUGUCUGUAACAUCAUGAAUCCUUUUGUUGGCUACACCAUUCAUCCAGUCCUGAUCGAUGCACUUGUUUGGUUUGGCUAUGUCAAUUCCACCUUAAAUCCAUUCAUUUAUGCAUUCAUGUAUUCUUGGUUUAGAAAGGCUGUGAGAAUCAUAGCGACUGGAAAAAUAUUUCAAAAUAACAGUAGUAGAAAACAGCUGAACACGUAACUGAGUUUCGGCUCUAAAAAUCUUAUGGGCUGAGCCACAUUUCAGUCCAAGACAUUUUAAAAUAGACAAUAAAUGUACGCAUCCAUUUGCAAUGAUUUUCUUUUACUCUAAAAAGUGAAGGUGCCAUAGAAGAACCAUUUUUGGCCAAAUGGUUACACAAAGGAACAGUGCGAGCCUGACGUCAUCCUCCACCUGGACACAACUUUAAUACAUUUUUUCAAUUUUGGAAUAUGAAAGACAUCUUUUUAUGGCUAUCAUACAGGAUAUUCAGUCAUCACACUUUUUAGGGGUUGGCACAUGUGAUGACUUAUUAAUUUCUUGUCACUGAUGUCCUGCGCCUCACUGUUUGAGAACCACUGUACUAGAGACAUCCUCUGCCCCCUUUUUUCAAAUUAAUGCAAUAAAAUCAGAUAGAGGUAUGUGGGCCGAAAUCGACUAGUUUGCAUGGUGGGAUUCAAAGUAUACAUUGUUUAUCAUUAUGUGUGUUCCUUGGGAAUGAACCUAUGCCUUUUGUCCUGCUAGCGCAAGGCUCUUCUAGUUACUUUUCCCCCACUUGAUAAACUCAAGUGAGUAGCAUUCUUAUUUAUCUUUAGUAAACAAUUUUUGUGAUGGACAUAGUGAUGGUUUAAUUUUUUGGUACACAUUCACCUUUAAAUGAUGUCCAGCAUCAUUAUAGUGCUUAGAAUUUACUUUCAAACUCACUGAAGUGCAUUUAUAGUAAUGUUGAGGGCAUGCUCUGUUGUACUGUAUUAAGGUGCUUUUUGACUUACAAGGGCCAAAGGUUUGAAUCAAAGCUGUGUGCUGUGCACCUCUUGACAUGCAUUUCAUAAUAUUGUAUGUCUGUAGCUAAUGUCUGGAGGCAUGUUAUGGGUAAACAGGCUGAUGUCACGAUGCACCUGAUGGAUUAUUAGUAUUGAAGGAACUUGUUGUUUUCAUUUUAAUGACUGAUAGUGUUAAAAGUGGGAAUUCAUGAUGUUCACACAUACGAUAACCACUUCAUUAAAACUGAGAUACUGUAAGAGGACUCA